AAAGAAGCGAGAAUUUUUCGGACUGAAGCGCAGAUCGGGAAGAAGGAGUGACUAAGGGGAGUGUGUGUGGCGCUGGAGGCGGGUUAUUACUUUUAAAAUACCAGUAACUUGUAAGUGCGGAGAGUACGGAGCUCGCCAGCCCCACCCAGAAAUGUUAGCUCAAGGAACUGUCUUUAUUUAAUGUGCGCUUAUCGACUUUGCCGCCGGACUCCAAAAACGAGAAGUGAGAGGCUGCUACUGCCAGUCAGCGCUUAUAAAGUCGAAUAAAGUGCAAAUCCGCUUUACACUAAUAGGGAGAGUCUGCAGCGCACCUGCCGGGCGCGGUAGACAUGCCAGGAACCGGUCGCGUCUUAAUAUGAGCAGUUUCUACACCGCGACCCGCAUGAUGAGGCGGCCGUCGCUGCCAUGCGUCGCCCUGACGGCUGUCCUCCUCUUUGCCGUCUCCGAGGGUGUCAGAUCGGAUGUGUGCACUCCUUGUACGGAUUUCGCAGCUGAAUUCGUGUUUCCGUCAGUCAUUACGGUUUCUACUGGAAACUGCACUUUAGACCCCAAAGUCAAUGGCGGAAACUUCAGCUACUUUAUGUCGGUUACAUGUGCACCAAACAAUGAUAGCAGCUACAUCAACAACAGCUAUAAUCUUACUAAUGUGACACUUGGGGAAAAUUACACGUUCAACAUAAACGCCUCGUUUGGGAACGUUAGCUAUUCUGUGACCCUUUACAGUUAUACGUAUGUUAACCCACUGACAAACCUCAGGGUAGUCAACCAAACAACUGGAUCCAUCGGAAUUAGCUGGGACCUACAGCCAAACGUGACCUCGGCUGCGUUCAGCUACUCUGUAUCCUAUAAUAACUCCAUCAUAAAUACCACGAGUAAAUCUGCGCUUCUUCAGGACUUGCAGCCAGGGACUCCGUACAACAUUUCUGUGAUGAUUGUGAUACCCCAGAGUACUUCCCAGGUUACUGUUCGGGCUUAUACCAGACCUGAUGUCAUCAGGAACCUGACUGUCACUGCAGUAUCAACAACGUCUGUCUCGUUGUCCUGGGCUCCUCCUGUGGGAAAUGCUGCCUUUUACCGUGUACUAUGGAAUGACAGCAGUACUCAGCAGAAUACUAUACCUUCAACAAUGUUUUUUUUUAUGGAAUUAAUAGAAAGAACAGAUUUUGAGGAAGCUGAUGGUAAAUUCUUCUCAAAAUCCAAUUCCAGCAAGAAAAUGUCUGACUGCAUUAUUCUACCCGUUAGGUUUACCAAAUACUGUACUACAAUCUGUAGAAGAUGCCAUUGUGUGGUAUUAGUUGGGAAAAUUCACAAAAUGAAUAGUUAUAUUAAAAUAUUGUUUUCUUCCCUGACCCCCUCUCUUGCACGCACAGGACCUGAUGUCAUCAGGAACCUGACUGUCACUGUAAUAUCAACAACAUCUGUCUCAUUGACCUGGGCUCCUCCUGUGGGAAAUGCUGCCUUUUAUAGUGUACUAUGGAAUGACAGCAGUACUCAGCAGAAUACUACUUCACUUAACACAUCCAUAACCAUUAGUAAUCUGACCGCUGGAACUCAGUAUACAUUCAGUGUCACUGCGAUUGCAGGAGAUAAUCAAGCUGCAGGAGCUCCUACCAGUCUGUCACAAUAUACCAAUCUUCCCAAACCAAGCUGUUCUGUGUCAAAUAGAGGCACAAAUAAUUCAAUUGACGUCACCUGGACAGCUCUUGUAGGCCAUGUAGAACAUUAUGUAGUCAAUCUGACAAGUCAGUACAUUGAGGCCAGUAUGAUUUCCACCUGUUGCUUACAGAGCAUUAAUGACUUGGCGGCUGGAACUGUGUACAAUGCCACAGUGAUAGCAAUCAGCGGCCCCGUCCUUGCAAUAUCAGACCCAUGUUCAAAUGCAACUUAUCCAAAUGAACCCGGAACUAUCAUAAUCACAAACAAGACUGUAAGUUCCAUUUCUUUGACGUGGAGUCCUGCUGUGCCCCCAGAAAGGCAGUUUAACUACAUUGUGAGCUAUGAAACUUCAUCACGCUACACAAUGACAGUUUCUACGAACAGUGCCACCUUGUCUUCACUGCUCUCUGGGACACCAUACAAUAUCUCCGUGAUAACGGUUGGACCCCUGAACUUAACUAGCAAACCAGUCUGGAAAUAUCUGGUCACAACUUUGCCAGGGAGUGUUCAGGGUCUCCAAGUGUUUAACACCUCGAUGACUGCGAUUACACUAAAUUGGAGUCAGCCUAUGGAUUACAACGGGUAUCAGUACAUGGUUAUGAAAAACGGGACAAUCAUCAAAAACAUAUCAGCUGUGAUCCUGUAUGUGGAUGGUCUCAGUCCUGGAACAUGUUAUCCAUUCUCCGUGAUAACGCUGGCGGCUGAUGGCACUGGAAGUGCGGGGGUCAAUGUUACUGGCUGUACAGAUGCUGCUCCACCAGAAGUCUUCAAGUGUGAUGGCCCAAAUGGAGGGGAUGCGAAUAUCAAUAUAUCUUGGCAAAAUCCUGCAGGAAACUACAAUGGCUAUGAGAUUACCAUAGUGGGUGUGAAUGUGAAUGUGUCUACGUCUAUGAUAGCCGGCCAUACUUCUUUCACUUGGUUCAAUCUUGCAUAUAGCACGACAUACACAGUGAUGAUCAUGACUGUCGGCCCAGGAAAAAAUAGCACAAAAGUGUCCAUAUCAUGUAAAACGGGUGUCACAGUUCCAUCCAUGAUCAAUGUGACUUCAAGUGUUUUAUCACCCUCUCAAGUCAGUUACAAUAGGUUUGUUUUGACUUUACAAAGUAGCAUCUUCGAUAACAGCCAUGGCCACAUUACACAUGUUGGCGUCUUGGUUGCGAUAGAUGGUAAUACAAGCGAUAAGCAAUAUUUAAGCAAAUCCUAUGAUGUCUGGAAUGCAAAUAAAGUCGGUGCUUACCUCGCAGUAGUAAACGAAUUUCAGGGAGGGACUAGUCGGGCCAGCCAGGCCGAUCAAAUCUCCAUUACCGUCGGAGACAACUCUCUGUGGAAUGCAUACCAGAAUGGAGCCCUACAACCAACACAGAAUUAUCGCUACUCUAUUGUUGCGUUUACUUCACUCAUUUUGAACAACAACUUUGUGGACAUCUCUCAGUCCUUCUUCAGCCUAUCAGGUCCUGCUUCCACUACCCUUCCUCAAAAUCCAGCUGUCAUUGGUGGAGCAGUAGGCGGGGUUUUGGCAGUCUUAGUCAUUUUGAUUAUCGCCGUUAUCAUCGGUGUGUUUUUUUGGAGAAGAAAACAGCCCAGAAGAGAAAUAACGGAAAUCCCUAUUCAGUCAAUGAGAGCCAAAGUUUCCAUGCCCAUAAGGAUGGAGGAUUUUGAGACCUACUACAGAAAACAACGUGCCAAUUCCAACUGCGGCUUCGCAGAAGAAUUUGAGGACCUGAAAUCUGUGGGUGUGGCCCAGUCCAAGAACAGUGCUCUGAUAUUGGAGAACAAAGGGAAGAACCGCUACAACAACGUGCUUCCGUAUGAUUUUUCACGGGUCAAACUCUCGGUACUCAGAGGUGCCCACGAUGAUUACAUCAAUGCUAACUACAUGCCGGGCUACUUUUCCAGGAAGGAGUUUGUUGCAGCCCAGGGUCCAUUAGCUUGCACUGUCAGUGAGUUCUGGAGGAUGAUCUGGGAGCAGAAUGUCCACACGCUGGUGAUGCUGACUAGAUGUAAUGAACAAGGACGGGUUAAAUGUGAAGAAUACUGGCCCCAGAAGUCCAAGCAUUUUGACAAUAUAUCCGUAACAAUCACCUCAAGCAUUGUACUGGAGGACUGGACCAUAAGAGAUUUUGAUGUGAAAAACGUCAAGACGGCGGAGAUCCGCUCCGUGCGGCAGUUUCAUUUCACAGCCUGGCCAGACCAUGGUGUGCCUCAGACCACUGAGCUUCUCAUCAACUUCCGCCAUCUGGUGCGGGAGCACAUGGACCAGUACUCCCGCAACUGCCCCACUGUGGUGCACUGCAGCGCGGGGGUAGGGCGAACGGGGACCUUCAUUGCCAUCGAUCGUCUCAUCUACCAGAUAGAGCGAGAGAGCAUAGUGGAUGUGUUUGGCACCAUCCACGACAUGCGAAUGCACCGGCCACUCAUGGUGCAGACUGAGGAGCAGUAUGUUUUCCUAAAUCAAUGCGCCAUGGACAUUAUCAAAUCCAGGACCGGUACGAAUGUGGACUUAAUCUACCAGAAUACAGCAGCACUUGCUAUUUACGAGAACGUCAAUUCCACGAAUGUCAGCAAGAAAAAUGCCCCCAAAAGCUAGUGAUGAACAUGUGCCAGCUGAGUUUUUAUUGCACCUUUUGUAAAACAGAGAUGCUGAUUUUAAUUUAUUCCUAGACACAGACAUCGCGGGACAUAUUUUAUUAUUUAUUUUAUUUAGUUGUUAAUCAAAAUAUGAUCAUUUAAGUUGUAGGAAAAUCCAUAUACAGGAUGUUUGCAAUAAUUUUAAAAUGAGGACAUUUAUUAUAAAAUUAUACCUUUAGAAUAAAAAUGAAUCUUUUGAGAUUAUGUUACUGUAAAUGCUAAAUGUAUUUUUUUAACAAUAAGUGCAAUAUCUUUAUGUGGUUUCUGACUGUAAAUAUUUAUUGUACUGAUACUGUAGAUGGCACUUCUGUAAAGUCUUAAGGUUCUAUUCUGAGAAUAGUACAAAAAAUCUUUUAUAGGAGUGCUUCCAGAGUGCUUACAGCUCUCACUGAAACCUUUACAACUUGCUAAAGAUUUUAUUAAAAAUUGUUUCCACGCCUGA